GAAAGAUCUGUACUUUAUUAGUUCGCCAUUACAGUUAUCAUGUUUCCUCGAGGCAAGUCUGAUAUUUCAGGCUGAAGUAUAUUUAUAAAAUAUUCAUAAAUCAAGCAGCAUUAUCAUUUAUUAGAAAUGAGACAUUCGAAAAAGCUGUGUAAUGAUACACACGCCAUUAAACAACAUGAUGAAUAAAGUCUUCACAGAAAUGCAACACUUUUUUUAACCAUUUAGUUGAUUCCGAGACUCCAGCACUGACAUAAAAUUAAACAGCCCGAUGUGGGAAAAGCAUCUCCAUUAGUUUCUUCCUCAUUAAAAAAUAAAAAAAAAGAUUUAAUCUGGAAAAUUCCUGUGAUUAAAAGUGUAAUGAAAUAAGCAGUAAAAAAUUAGGCUAGUCUCCAAACAAAGCCUAGCUCAUGUCAAACUUCUUCUGAAAUCCUUUAGUAAACUUGGUUAAAGCUGAUUGAGAAACUAAUCCUGAAGUAAGUAAUUUCCUCAAAUUAACCAGACUGAACUACAUUCAUCGAAGAGCAAAGUGUGGAGCUAAUUACAAAGCUGACAUGCUAAUGCUUCAACUGCUCCAGUUUCUCCUUUCACACGGACAAGUUCAUAUUUACUGGCUUUUUUUGAUUCAUACUCAAUUAAACUUCUGAAAUGUCUAUUAAAGAGUACUACAAGGUCAUUGUGAUAGAUUUUCAAUGAUAUUACUGAGCAAAACACCAUUAUUUUAAAGAAAAGUAUGAAUGCUUUGUAAUGCUACGUUAGCCAGUUAAUAAGCAGUUACCAAAUAUAAAACUGUUCAGAAAAAAGUCUAAAAAACAACAACAAAAAACAAUAUAUUUUAGAUGUUUAGUGUUGUUUUUUUAGGGUUUUCAUGUACUCCAUAUAUAGCAUUAGCAAGCAAUGCAUACUCAAUAAAAGCAAUAAACUUGAAUGUUAAACAACAUUUAUAAAGGAAUAGUUCAUUCAAAAGUUAAUUUUCUGUCAUUGUUUACUCACCCUCAUAUAAUUCCAAAUUUGUAUGCUGUUUUUUCCUCAUAUGUAUGCAUAGACAUAGUACAUAUGCAUAGACAAAAACCAAACCAAAGUUAUAAAUUCAGAUUCAAUUGGUUUUAAGAAUCAAACGCCAAUUAGAAAAUAUUGGAGAUUUUCACUGAAUAACACUUUAAUAUUAAGUCUACAAAGCUUGUAUGGGUUCAGAAAACGUAAAACAUAAAAAUAGAUAAUUUUUAUGAUGUUUAAUGGUGCUUAGUCUUUUUUUCUAUGUUUACAUGUCAUUAAAAAAAAAAAAGAGAUUUGCAAAUAAUAACAGCAUACAGGUUUAGAAGAUGAGGGCGAGCGGUUUCUCUAAUGCAAUAAAAAUAUAAAAACCAAUGGGAGGUUGUGUUAUAUCCAUCCAUUUCCAUCAGAAAUCAACAUAAUUUGUACACAAUUCAGUCUUUGCAAUCGUUUCCAUUUCUAACACUCGUUUCUCUCUCAGAUGAAGCACCGCGGAGAAGUUUCCCAAACUUCAGACUGGAGAUAUGAAGAAAAGUGUCCGAUAUUGCAAGGAAUGUGAGAGGUGUCCUCUCACCAUGACUCACUGGUUCCAUCGAAACCCUCUGAAAGCCACGGCACCUGUGUCCUUUAACCUGUACGGUGUGGCAUCCAGUCCCGCUGCCAAUAAGAUCUGCAAUGACUUGAGAACGACGCGCGCCCGACUGCUGGACAUGUUCACAGACUCCACAUGUACCCCAGAGAUCAUGAAGAAAUCCAGUGAUGAAUAUUUUGCUCUUUUACAGGGAUUCAUUUUGCCGCUGGAUGGAACCACACAAGAGAGCAAGCUCCGGUUCAUCCAGAACUUCAAAUGGAGUGACACUUUACAGGGAAAUAUUGCAAGUGCCCAGCAGGAUGCGAUUUUUGAGCUGGUGUCUAUGGCCUAUAAUGUUGCCAUCUGGUACACAAAGUUUGCCUCACGACUGGCCGGAAAGGAGAACAUCACAGAGGAUGAGGCCAAAGAUGUUCACAAGAGUUUGAAAAUCGCUGCUGGAAUUUUUAAAACCCUUAAGGAGACUCAUAUUCCUCGGCUCAUCACUCCAGCAGAGAAGGGUCGAGACCUGGAGCCGCGAGUCAUUGACACCUACAUUGUGCAGAGUCAGGCAGAGGCUCAGGAGGUCACCAUUGCCAGAGCCAUCGAGCUGAAGCACAACGCCUCCCUCAUUGCAGCGCUGUCGUAUGAGACCGCAAACUUCUACCAGAAGGCCGAUCACACUCUGAACACUUUGGAUCCAGAAUGCAGCAGUAAAUGGAAGAAAUACCUGCAGCUGAAGCAGCACUUCUACAUGGCUUAUGCACACUGUUAUCAUGGACAGACUCUUCUCGCAGGUGAUAAAUGCGGAGAGGCCAUAAGAUCCCUGCAGGAGGCUGAGAAAUUUUAUUCCCGCGCUGAAGCCUUGUGUAAAGAGUACCGUCAGAUGAAGGGUCCCGGCAGCACGGCCAAACCCUCGGAACAGCUCUUCUUUAAGAAGCUGGGCACGUUCAUCAAAAACACCCUGGAGAAAUGCCAGAGAGAGAACGGCUUCAUUUACUUUCAUAAGGUUCCUGCUGAAGCUCCAGCUCUGGAACUGAAGGCCAGUUACGGUUUGGCUGAACCGACUCCAUUCGAGCUCCCGCCUCUCAGCGCUCAGUGCACACCUGAAGUCUACGCCAGCUUUGACCUGACCAAAGGACCCAAAGAAGACAAGGCAAAAGCGAAGCACGAUGAGGAGAUAAAGCCGGUGAAGGAGCCGGAUCUGAAGCCGCAGAAGGACACGGGCUGCGUCGUCUCUUAAACUCCUGCUGAAGCAGCGGCAGACAGGUGAAGAUCUGGAGGAGUCUGUAGUCUCGUGUAAUUCUCUCCCUGCUCAAAUAUAUACCAAUAUAACAUAGUGAUAUAACAGUGGCGUCUGUCUCAUGCUCGGAUUCUGUUUAAGGUGUUUCGUCUACAAGCGACAGAUGUUCUAAUGAAGGAUUGCGUGACUAAUCUGACGAACAGUUAAUCCUAAUAACCCAGACUGAAUCAUUUGAUUGCACUUGAUUAUCUCUCUGUAGCAUAAUAUAGAUGAUCCUAGUGAGAUUUUUAAGGUUUAUUGGGUCCCCUGAUUGGAGAAUAACUUCUAUAGCUCUCUAAAUUCAUCUUUAAAAAAAAAAAUCUAAUAAAUAAUGUUUAGAAAUUAACUCUCUUAAAAUUAUCCAUUGAUUAAUGCAAAUGUUAAAAAGCAUUUAAACUACAUGAAUUUCAGAAAAAAUGUCAAUUUCACCCCAACAUCUAAAGAAAAAAGAUAUAUAUAUACAAAAAGUGUGAAGAGGGGAAAAAAAACAUUAAAACCAUUAAGAUUUAUUGCAUUAUAACAUUCUUUUAAUGACAAUUAAGCACACACACACACACACAUACACAUACACAUAC